AUGAAGACCGCUGUUCCACCCACUCCAAAGGAGCAAGACGACACAAACACCGCAGUUCCACCCACUCCAAAGGAGCAGGAUGAUAUGAAGACUGCCGUGCCACCCACUCCCAAACAGCAAGACGACACGAACACCGCAGUUCCACCCACUCCAAAGGAGCAGGAUGAUAUGAAGACUGCCGUGCCACCCACUCCCAAACAGGUAUAG